CUGAGCACCUAGAGCAACAGCUGUUCUGCAGAUCUGAGAGUACCAGCAGGGGUGUAAAGGGGAGAGGGAAGAUUGUGGCAGAUGGGGCAAAGCUGCUCAGUGAUUUAAAAAAAAUUCCAGACUUGAUGCAGGUUUGAAUCCAGCUCGUGCCUUUGAUCUCUCAUCAUGAUGCGUUACUGGGGCGAGAUCCCUGGACCUGCAGGGGCUCCUCCCAGCCGCAGCUCCUUUGACUUGCUCCAGCGUGAGUUCCGCUCGGUGGAGAUGCAGGACCCCCCCCUGCAUCAACCCUCUGCCCAGCGCCCUCGGCCCACCACCAUGCUGGACAUCCCCUCAGAGCCCUGCAGCCUCACCAUCCACACAGUGCAGCUGUGCCAGCACGCCCGCCGCCUCCGUGGCCUCCUUGCAACGGCCCAGGCUCAGGGUCAGGGUCAGAGCUCCACAGCCUCUGAGGGAGGCAGCAGACUGGAGGAUGGUGAUACCAACCUACCCCUGCGUCCUCCCACCCCACCUGUCAUGCCAGAUGAUCUGCUACCAGCUGACAGCAAAGCCCCCCGUCAGCCCUUCCAGCUCCGCCACAGUGACCCUGAAAGUGACUUCUAUAAGGGUAAAGGCGAGCCCGUCACAGAGCUGAGUUGGCCCUCCUGCAGGCAGCUCCUCUAUCAGUCCGUGGCCACCGUCCUGGCCCACGCCGGCUUUGAGUCGGCUCAGGAGAGCGUGCUGGAGACCCUGACUGAUCUGGUCCACGAGCAUUACCUACGCCUGACCCGCCUGCUGCGUGUAGCGGUGGACCGGGAGGCGCGGCUGGGGGCCAGUCCCUUUCCAGAUGUGGUGGAACAAGUGUUCCAUGAGGUCGGCAUCGGCAGCGUGCUGGCCCUGCAGCGCUUCUGGCAAGUGCGCAUCAAGGACUAUCACAGCUACAUGGUGCAGGUUAGUAAGGAACUGUCAGAAGAAUACGAGCGUCUGGUGAAUCCAGAAAAAGCUCUGGAGGACUCCAAACCCCCCAGGAUUAAGGAGGAGCCCAUGAGUGACAUCUCCUUCCCUGUCAGCGAGGAACCAGAAGCUGACCUGGCCUCUGGGGACCAGGCUUUGCCCAUGGGAGUCCUCGGGGCCCACGGGGAGCGGCUGUCCUCGGGCCUGGAUGGUGACCAUUCUCCUCAUACCUCAGGCGGCGGCGUGGCCAACAACUCCCCCCUGUGGCCUCAGGUGAAAAUGGAGCCUCAAGACGGCGAGGAGGGCCAGGGCUCCGGGCAUCACCACCACCACCACCAUCACCACGGCGUCCUGGGUGGGGACGUGUUCGAGGAGGGGGGCCCCAUGUCCACCAUGAGCGAGUCAGGAGGAGCCAUGGCGCCUUCUCCUGGAGGCGCGGCGUCAGACGGCAGCUACGCCUCACAUUCGCCCGACUCCCUGAUGGGAACAUCGCCCGUCUUCAACCAGAGACCCAAGAAACGGGCGAAGAAGAUGUGAAAUCAUUUGAGACAGUGGACUCUGACUAAGAAAAAAACUGAACUGCUGAGGAACAAAAUAUUUUGUAGUUUUUCACGUUUGUUUGUAUGAGUAUAGUUUUUCUUAAAUAGCUGAAGAUGUUACCACUAAAUAUAUUAAUGGGGAGAAUAAACAUCUUUUCAA